AUGAUGGAGACCUGUGAUGAUAAACUCCUCAUAUUUCAGCUGCUGCUCCUCGUGUCAGUCAUGGCAUGUGAGACGAGUGAGAUCUUGACUUUCACUGCACAUGAAGGAGGGAGAGUUGAGAUACAGUGUCCGUAUGAGGCUAAAUAUGAAGAAUAUAAGAAGUAUCUCUGCAGAGGAAAAUGUCCAAUAGUGUUUAUUAAAGACAAGCCUGUUGAAUCUGAAUCAGCAGCAAAAGACAAGAGAUUCUCUCUGAGUGACAAUAAAACAGCCCACAUCUUCACCGUCUCCAUCACUGAUCUGAGAACAGAGGAUCGAGGUCAAUACUGGUGUGGAGUAAAGACUGGAUUUGGAUAUUUUGAUUAUAAGAGAGAGAUUUACCUGGAAAUUAAACAUGAGAGGAUGUCACCCAAACCAUCAGCAACAACAGCUUCAUUUCAGACCAACAAACCAGCGACAGCAGAUACUGAGUCUGACCGAACCGUCACAUCUUCAUCUUCAUCUUCAUCAUCAUCAGUGUUAAUGCUUUUCUCAGGUGCGAUCAGUCCUGUGGCUUAGAGAGUCUGAUUAAAUGUGCAGAGACAUUUGUUUCUCAAGUUUCA